AUGGACGGCGGCGACCGUCGGCGCUCGCAGUAUGGACAGCCAUACCAGACGCCAGCGCACUCACGUUCUCUUCCGGGGCAGUCAAUUGGAGCAUCUAGCAGUGAUAGGUUCUCACAAUCCGGCACGCCGGCUAGGAGCGACGUUGGCAGAUCUCCAAUCGCUCGACCAUAUCUCCCUGGCUAUUCAGGGUAUGGUUAUACAGAGCAGCAAUAUGGAAGUUCGCAGAUGCAGAGCAGUAGUCCCAUGCAAGGACUUGAGAUGCAGUAUCCACCAGCCUACCUUCAGGAUUCGUCGAGACACCAGCAAGUGCAAGCCUCGCCUUCACAACAUCAGCCGCAGCCCCAGCAGCAACAGUAUCCGACAUAUACUCCAGGGUCGAUGCUCCCGCCGGUCGCCCCCCAGUCGCUCUACGAUAACAUCCCGUAUCAGCAGCGGCAGACUGCAAUAGAGGUGAUGGCGAGUCAGUUUGCUGUCCCACAGUACAUGCCUUCAAGCGGGCAGGCAGGGGCUGCAGUCGGCUCGGGUUCCUCACCAUACUUGACUUCUCAAGCUGAACAGAGCCCUUACGCAGCCGUUGCUGUAACGCGUCCUACCCUACCGCCAGGUUACGCUUCAGCAUCCGUUGAUUUUCCUGGCAUGGAACAGCAACCGGAAACCGGAGAGAGUGCUGGCGCAGCCCCGUCUGCGGCUCAGACAGCUCUUGACGAAGGCCUUAGGGAGUUCUAUCAACAGCUCAGGCUAACAUUCGAGGCCAUCAUUGCGGGACGGGUGACAGAAGCCAGCGAGAAGCUCCUGGCAAUGUCACGCUGGUUAGUGGGCUCUAUUACGGCCUUAGGGCUGCAUCAUGACGAUGAGGCGAGACAUUCAGAGCGUCUUCAUCUCUGGAGAGAGUUCAACUUGGCUUGGGAGGCCCUUGGACAGAAACAGAAAGACAUCACUGAAGAAGCCCUGCGAACAGGGCGGCCCCCAACGGAUGUGCUCUCCGCUAAUGCCAUCACCAGCUUGGUAGAUGACUUGAUAAGCCUGUGCGACCAGCUGGAGCAAUAUGGCCUUGUUGACUAUGAGAUGGGUAUCUGGGAAGAACAAAUCACCCAUAUCUUUAUAGUCUGCCUCGAUCUCAUCUCUCAAGGUGAAGCCCCGGCACGGACAGGCCAGACCCCAGUUCCGGCCGAAUGA